AUCUGUGGAUUACAUAACAGUAGCCUGAAUAUUUCUCUCUCUCACACAACACAAACUGCUCAGCCUCCUCGGCACAAUGGAGAAGGGACAACUUCAUGCUGCCAGACAGAAGCACAGAGCUGCAACUCACAAGGUUGCAAUUCCUCAAGAUGCAUAAACUACAGCAGGAUAAAAAUAUGCUGAACUGGAAUCUUUCAGAAGAUCAGUCUACAGAAGAAGAUUUUAUAUUCCAUCAGUGAUGAAUUUAUCUCUGCAGCAAUCUACUCUAGAACUUAAUAUAAGUAGCUUGCUAGGAAAUAAUACAGUGCCAACUGGAAAGACUAAGUCCUCAGCAUGUGAGCAAGUGGUAAUAGCUGCAGAAGUUUUCCUCACACUUGGCAUUGUGAGUCUCCUAGAAAACAUUCUAGUCAUCUUUGCAAUUAUAAAGAACAAGAAUUUGCAUUCACCUAUGUACUUUUUUGUAUGUAGCUUAGCAGUCGCCGACAUGUUAGUUAGUGUUUCCAAUGCUUGGGAAACCAUUACAAUAAAUCUGAUCAACAACAGGCAUCUAAUUAUGGAAGAGACUUUUGUACGUCAUAUUGACAAUGUUUUUGAUUCGAUGAUUUGUAUAUCUGUGGUGGCUUCCAUGUGCAGCUUGCUGGCUAUAGCAGUCGACAGAUAUGUCACCAUAUUUUAUGCUCUACGUUACCAUAACAUUAUGACUAUGAGAAGAGCUGGAAUCAUCAUAGCAUGCAUAUGGACCUUUUGCACAGGAUGUGGGAUCAUCUUCAUACUUUAUUAUGAAUCAACAUAUGUUAUAAUAUGUCUUAUUACAAUGUUUUUCACUAUGCUUUUUCUCAUGGUGUCCUUAUAUAUACACAUGUUCUUGUUGGCUCGUACUCAUGUUAAGAGAAUAGCAGCCUUACCUGGUUACAAUUCAGUUCACCAGAGAACAAGCAUGAAGGGAGCCAUUACCUUAACCAUACUGCUUGGCAUUUUUAUUGUCUGCUGGGCCCCUUUUUUUCUCCACCUUAUUUUGAUGAUUUCCUGUCCACAAAAUCUUUAUUGUGUGUGUUUUAUGUCCCAUUUCAAUAUGUACCUGAUACUAAUAAUGUGCAAUUCUGUAAUUGAUCCUAUGAUUUAUGCAUUUCGUAGUCAAGAAAUGCGAAAAACUUUUAAAGAAAUUAUUUGCUGCUAUAGCCUGCGAAUGUUUUGUGACUUGCCUAGCAAAUAUUAAUAACACCCUGAAAAAUAUGUUUAUCAAAUUUUCUCUGCUUUUAUUGAAAGUUCUGGCAAUUCUAUUCUUGCGGUCAUAAUAUUGCUUAAUUCACCUUGAAGUGAGAUGGGAGAGAGGCGGCCUGUCACCGUUGAAAAUAUCAAAGCAAUUGAGCCUCAAAAUACAUGUUAAAUAUGUACUAUAUGAAAAGGAGUUUAAACAUGUUAGUAAUGUUGGUAUGUUGGCAAUGUUGCAUUUAUAAUAUAUUAGGGUUCAUUCACUAAAGUGUGAUUUAAUGCUUUUUUGCAUUAAAAUUGACGCGAAAAAAUGCGUGAUUUGCUAAAGUAUUAUCGCGUGUGUUAAGUCGCUAAACAACGCACGAUCGCAAGGCGUUAAUUUUAACGCAUUGCGUUAAUUCUCGAGCACAAAUAAUACUAAUGCAUGAUUCACAAACACACGCUCGUUUUAUCGGACUUAAGUGAAUCAACCCUAAUUGAUGUUAAAAAAAAUAAGUCGCCCAUCCUAUAAAUCAGGAAGAAUAAACCACUACAUUUUACAUUUAAAUGCUAUAGAUUUUCUUGCUGGUUUUUGAAAAACUGGAAAUGUAUUCCUUAAAAUCACAAUUCAUAUUAAUGAUAUAAAGGAGCAUAUGCUUUGAUAUGGCAACAACAUGUAACCAGGUCUGGACUAGGAGUCAAAAUAGGUCCUGGCUAGUGAUGAGCGAAUUUUUGCGGCAGGCAUGGAUUCACAGCGAAUUUCUGCAUUUCACCCUGGAAAAAUUUGUUGCGCGUUAAAAAAAAAAA